AUGCUUACAAAACACUCUAAUACAGAAAGAAUGAAAAGAAGUGCAGAAAUAGCUUAUCUCAAAGAACAUUAUCCACAAAAUUUAGUUCGAUUUCAUAAAAUAGGUGUAAAACUUCAAAACGCACCAGAAAAAGAAAAUGAAGUUGUUGUUGAACAUGAUGUACAUUUUCAAAUUGAUGGAAAAGAAUAUCUUGUUUUUUUUAAUAACCAUUUAAAGGAAAUAAAUACAGUUUUAAAUCGUUGGUUAGAAAAUGAAUUUUCAGAACAUUACAUUAUUAUGCCAGAUAUUGCUAAAAUAAUUUAUCGACUAGCAUAUCAUGUUUAUAAAACAAAAGAAUUAAUUGAAAAAUAUGGAAGUGAAAUACAAUCAGGUAAAAUAUGUGCUAUAUGUAUUGAAAAGAAUUUCAAUGGGAAGAGUGAAUGUAUGACAGAUUGUGAUAAUGAAUUUUAUCAAAAAUUAGAAUCAAAAUUAUUUGAAAUAAUGUCAUCUUACGAAAAAAGUAAAGAUGAAAAAUUGAAUGAUUUAAAUAGAUUUUUGUAUGGGUGUGAGAAAAAAAUUCAACCAACAGUAGAUGAAAUUAGAAGAAUGUGUUUUUGUUUUGUAAUUAAUAGAGUGAAUUAUUAUCUUACAAGAGAAGAAGAAUUAUUAAGCGACAAAUCAUAUGAAGAAUUAAAAACAAUGACAAAUCUUAGGAAAAGAUUGAAUCAGCUUGCUAUUAAAUACAAACAUUUGUAUUUAACAAAUACACAAAUUCUUCUUGGAAUUACAAUAAGUCGAUGUAAAAUUCUUGUUGAUAAUAGAAAAUGUAAAACAAUAUUUAUUGAAAGUUCAAAUGUCAGAGAGUUUUAUAAAAAGAUUAAUAAAAGGUUAGAUGCAGAAGUACAGAUUCUUACAAACAAAUAUUCAUUCAGUAAAUUCACAUUAGAAAAGAUUAUAAAAACAGCACAGAAUUUAAACCUAGAUAACAAUCAAGAUUUAAUAGAUAAACUGAAAAAAGAAAUUAAUGAAAAAAAAGAAGAAAGAGAAAAGUUAUUGGGAAACGCAGCAACUGAAGUUGGAAAAGUAAUCAUAGAGAAAGUAGAAUCUAUAACAGAUAUUGCUGUUUCAAUUUAUAAUAUUGGUUCAUUGAUACAGCAAUUUAAAAUAAAAGAUAUAAUAGAUUAUAUGUUUACACAAAAUAAAAUAGAAAAUACAAAUGAACAACAAAAAGAUGUUAAAAAAGAGAAUACUAAUCCACCAAAACCUGAAACUAAUAGUAAAGAAAAUAAAGAAAUAAUUCAAUCAUCUAAUACAAACAAACAAAUUAAUUCAUUACAUUCACUUGCAUUAAAUAAUACACCACUUGGAAUAGCAUUAAAAGCUAUCAAACCUACUCCAGAACAAUUAGAUAAAUUACAUUCGUCAUUUAAUAAUUUUGUUGAUGCACAAAAAUUAACAUACGAAAUUGAAUCAUUUAAAGAACAAUUAAAUGUAUUGGAAAAUGUUCAAAAAUUAUCAAAUGAUUUUAUCAACUUACUCAAACUUAAAAUAGUAUUGCAAAGAGAAUGGUUAUUUGAUGAAAUUGAUAUUAAUGAAUAUUUAGGAAUUAUUGUUACAGAAGAUAAUAGAUAUGUUGUUAAUCCACGAACUAAUUCUGAACGUAAAUCUAAUCAUAAAAUAUAUGAAAUAGAGAAAGUACUAAAUUAUAAUGAAGGAAAUGAAGAAUAUUGA